GUGUCCGACAUGGCGGACGGUCUGCGGAUCAGGGUCGGCGCCAGCGGGCUGCUCCGCGGCCCGCUGCAGAUUCGGUACCGCACCCUCGAGGGAUCGAGCAAGGCCCGGGACAGCUACGAGCACACGGAGGGCAUCCUCCGGCUCGACAGGCACGACGGGCAGCACGCCUUCGAGGUGCCGCUCAUCCCGAAGACGAAGUGCCCGCGGUCCACGUCCCAGGUCGCGUGGUCCAGCUCCAAGACGCCCGACUUCUUCAUCGAGCUCAGCGACCUGGCGGCCCCGGCCGUGCUGGCCCCCUCGUCGGAGGCGAGCCCUUCUGUGAGGGACGAGCGCACCCGGGAGGAGCGCAUGGCCGCCUACGGCAGGAACGUCAGCAUGUCCUUCAACAGCCUGCGCAGCAACUCCUCGAUGCCGAGCAGUCCGCCCGCGCCGGCCACG